GCCAGCUUGGGGGGUGCCCUGGCUUAGUUUCCUCUGCCGAGCUGGAGGGGAGGAGCUGACAUGGUGAGGUCUCCACAGAACUGGAAUCAUCAGUGCUGUUACGUGCGUGUGUGUCCACGUGGAUCCCGAGGCACGCCCUGCAGAGCUGGGGCUCCUCAAACAAACAAACCGGGGCCCACGCAGGCUCGCCCUUUCUGUGACCUGGAGUGGAUUCCGGGAGCUGAAAGAGUGAAACAGGAGAAUCUGAACCUCGUCUGCAUUCCCACUUCCUUCCAGGCCCGUCAGCUCAUCCUGCAGUACGGCUUAACUCUCAGUGACCUGGACCGACACCCAGAGAUCGACCUCGCCAUCGACGGCGCCGAUGAAGUAGAUGCUGAUCUCAAUCUCAUCAAGGGCGGGGGAGGCUGCCUGACCCAGGAGAAAAUUGUGGCUGGCAACGCCAGUCGCUUCAUUGUGAUCGCCGAUUUCAGGAAGGAUUCAAAGAACCUCGGGGAUCAGUGGCACAAGGGAAUCCCCAUCGAGGUCAUCCCCAUGGCCUAUGUCCCCGUGAGCCGGGCCGUGACCCAGAAGUUCGGGGGCGUGAUUGAACUUCGAAUGGCUGUGAACAAGGCAGGCCCCGUGGUGACGGACAACGGGAAUUUUAUCCUGGACUGGAAGUUUGACCGGGUACACAAAUGGAGUGAAGUGAACACAGCUAUCAAAAUGCUCCCAGGCGUGGUGGACACGGGCCUGUUCAUCAACAUGGCCGAGAGAGUCUACUUCGGGAUGCAGGACGGCUCGGUGAACAUGAGGGAGAAGCCUUUCUGACCCGACCCUGCAGGAGCGGCGUGUGUUCAUCUCGAGUCCCCGGCCCGCGGCCGAGGCGGACACGCCUCUCCAGGAGCCUUUGCCUUAAUGUAUCUGUGCCAGGCGGACAGCUUGGCAGGGCGGGGGGUGAGGGGCUUACUUCCAGUCUUCUGAAGUAUUGUUAUUAAAUGUCUUUUUACAAAGAGAAAUAUAAACAUAUAUAUUUUUACUAUUAAAAAUACUCAGCUUUUUUUAUGAAGUAGAACUUGAUUUCAUGUUUUAUAUGAAAUAUUUACCAAAAAUAAAAAGAGAAGAGGACUGACUUUUAAACUUUUAACUGAGCCUGCUGGUUAAGCUUCUGAAUAUUGGGUUUGCCGAGAAAUGUAAAUCGCAGCUUUUCUUUAAACUAGUGAAAUGAAGGGCCCGGCCAGCAGUAGUUCCCUGAUGCCUUACUGGAAACUUCGACGUAUGUUUACUUUUCUACCACACUGUUUUGGUUUUAGUUUUUGUUGUGAUCACGCACAAUGUAUAUUUAUGUGUUUUAAGAUGUGAUUUACAUAAGUCUGCUGAUUGUAGCAACGUGGUAUGUAGUGACUCAGAAUGUGUAAAUUUUCAGGGGGGAAAUGUGGGGGCUCUUUUGCUGAGAUCAAGGGGUUCAUUCAGACCCCUGUGGUUGGAAGCAAUUGGCCAGAGUUCCUUGCCAGUACUGCCAAAGCACUGCUGUGAAGCACCUGUAAAUGACUGUCUUGUUUGUUAAUGUUUUUUGUUGUUGUUGUUCCUUUAUUAUUACUUGCAUGGUCUGGCAUCAGAAGUUGUUACCUCUUUAUAUUGUCUGAGGGUUGAAAUAAAACAGUAUGGUGCCGUUUUGA